CUUAGUGUUAUUGAUAAAAUGACGGAAAAAAUUGUUUUUGUUUUUCUAUGACAAAAUAAUAUGGAUUUAGAGAGUUGGAGGCGCCUUCAAAAGAGUCCGAAAUGGAGGCUAGAGUUUACAAUUUAUCAGGGAGAUAUGGAGAGUUUCGAAUAUAUAUUAGACACAGAGAAAAUGGACACUGCAACUAUUUUGGAAUGUUGUGCCACAGCUAUUUAUGAAAACCAUAUGAAAUGUUUACGAUAUCUGAUUGAAAAAGCCAAAUGUUCAAGCAUUGAUAUCUUUACCACAUUCCCUGGCAUUAUUGCAUUUUUGUUGCAUUGUGCAAUUGAGGUUGGGUCCAUUGAAGGAUUAAAAUACUUAAUCUCUGAAGGAGCUGAUGUAAAUAAACGUUAUUAUGAAUCUACGCUUCUGCAUAAGUCAGUUCUAGACGGGCGAACUGAUGUCACAGAAUUUCUUGUUAGUUUACCCCAAAUCAACAAAAAUCAAGUCUCCUCGAAAGGAAGAACGCCUUUAAUGGAUGCUGCUUUCUAUGGAUCUGUCGACUGCUUACACAUUCUCAUCGAAAAAGGCUGCAAUGUUAAUUUUACAAAUGAUAAUGGUGUUGGAGCUAUUCAUUGUUGUUUUAGUGAAUUGGUAGAUAGUAAAAGUCGUUUAAUGUUAUUAAUUGCACUGGUUAAAGCAGGAGCUAAUAUAAAUCAAGCUGAUAGCCUGGGCUGGACACCUUUACAUUAUGCUGCAUGGAAACGCUGUUUAGAUGCUGUGACCUUUCUUAUUUAUCAUAAUUGUGAACUGGACAUGUUGUGUGCUCCAGUGUAUGGAACUAUGCUCAAAACUAAUCUAUCUCCCCCAUUUCUCCUGGCACUGGAAAGAAAAUGUUUGGAGGUGGCGGAUGUUCUUGUUAAAAGCGGUUGUACUUAUACAAAAUUCUACUGGGCCAAGCAAAAGUGCAGUAAGGAUGAAAAUGUCUACAAAUGGCUGAAUAAUUUGUAUGGGAAAGUGCCGUCCCUGAAAAGUUACUCCCGUAAAAUGAUACGAGGAACAUUAGGUAAAAAUAUACAUAGUAAAAUAGCUCAGUUGAACAUACCAGAUAGUUUGAAGCAUUACAUUCUAUUAAAAGAUGUUUUGCCUACUGUUGAAACUGUAUAUUUACACUACAUAGGGUUAACGUAAAACUGGGUAAACUUAAAUAACUGUCUGUUUUACUGAGCUUGAAAUGAACAGAAGGGUGGCGAGCAUGUCAUCACUUUCAUAAAUUAUAUUUAAUAUAAUUACUCACAAAUAUUAACCCUUUAGCUCUUGGUACAUGUAAAUAUUGAAAAAUAUUAGAGAAAAGUGACAUAUUAAUAUUGGUACCGGUACAUCCCUGAAACAACCUCAAACCACCCUGAAUAUAUGAAUAACUUUCCACACUAUAGGACCAUUUUGCAUGCGCCACAGCUACAUGUACAAUGUAUGCAUCUGCUAGAAGGUUUGGGGUUGUCUAAGGGGCCCUAGUAUUGAGCGGUCUAAGCGCUAAAAGGAUUAAUGAAGUUUAAAAAAAUUUCUGCAAGUGAUGAACUUCUGAAUCUUAUACAUUUUCUUGUGUGUUGUGAGCAUGAUUGAUUAGUAACACGUCUAUUGGCAAGUCCUCUUAAAGUAAUCUUACAAUAACUUUAAAGGAACAAUGUGUCUAUCUCCCGAAACUGCAGCAUAUUUGCACUUUUAUAUUUCUUUUUAUAUGUUUGUUAUAUAUGUAUGUAUAUUUUGUAUUUUGAAUUACCCUGACAUUUUUAACCAUGCAAUAUUGAUUAUUAUUAUUUCAGUUGACAUAUUUUUGGGUACCUGUACCUUGAUUUUAUGUACAAUAUACAUUUUCUUUCAUAUUUCUGAUGCAGUGCCUUGGAUACUUGUUACUACAUAUAUGUUCUAAACUUUUUUAUGUUUUGAAGCUUUAAUAAUAACCCAGCUUUUAUUUAUUAAAGGGAAAUAACUCCUCCAUACACUGAAUCAUUUGUGUAUGUUAACUAUAAAUACGUUGGGAUUAGAUAUUAACAUGUUUUGUGUAUACAAUAUUAUGGAAAAAUAUCCUGUAAUAUAAUUUCAAACAACUAAUUUUAUAACUAUAGAUAAAUUUUGUACUUCUUACAUGUAUGUACUCUUUCGAUCCAAGAUUUCACAGAAAAGCUUAACUCUUAGAAAAAUGGGUAUUCAAAAACUGCCACAAAAUUCAAUGGUUACAUAAUUACAACAAAUAAUAUUAUUUUGGAUUGGAAGCAAAUUUAAAUACAAUUUUUGAUCAAUAUAGAUCAUCUGAUUUGUAGAUUGGAAUAUGAAUUGCAAUGUGUAAUCCAUGACUCAGACAGUAAUGUAUAAAGUAAUUUUAUGCCUAUUUUAUCCCCACCGAAAGAGGUCCCUUACUGGCUAACUACAUGUAUAUUGUACCACACACCUUUCUAUUUGUUGUAAUAUCAUUUUACAGUAAGUUGUAUCAUGUUAAAAUGUUGUAUAUAUUUAGAGACCCCAUUCAAGCCAUUGUGCCAUAUUCCAUUCAGUUAAACAAUUACCACUGUAUGUUUUGCUCUACAUGUACACAUGCAGAUACAAUACACUUAUAGAUUAUGAGUAAAAAAUUUCAAUGUUUUCUUGUAAAAAGCACUACACUGUGGAAUACUGUGGAUCAUACAUGUAUCUGUCAGUUCAGUUGCAGGUACCUCACAAGAUAAACUGGGUUGUGUGUCUAUUUCUCGCACUACCACAGGUUCCCAUUAAGCAAUUUAUUUAACAAUGCAAUUAUCUCAUGUUAGUCCCAAAAUGUUUUAGUUAUUGUUUAGUUUGGAUGAUACAUGUAUCUGUCACAAUUCAAUUGUGGGAAGGUUGUGUGCCAGGCCUCAAUGGUGUUCUCUGGCUUUAUUUGGUUUUCGCGAAUGACCACAGGCUCCUAUCUGUUUGCAAAUUACUUAAAAAUGGAACUACAUAUCAUGUUAGUCCCAAAAUAUCUUAGUUAUUGUUGAGUUUUUGUUAUAUACCCACAUUCAUUAUUAGUAAUUCGCAAAGAUGAUAAAGUUUUAAUUUUUUUAAUAAAGAUUUUGAGUUUAAGAAUACUUGCUCAAAACAGCUUCUUCCAUGGCCUCCAUACUUUGGUUAUCUGUAAUUAAGAGUCAAUAGUUAUUUUAAAAAUAUUAUAUUUAAAAUUAUUUGCAUUUAGUUUCUAAGUGAAAUGAUAAUGCAAUUAUUAAUUUCCACCCCAUCUUUAUAUUAUUACACUGUCAGUGUUAUUGGACCUACUACUGAAUGAUAUAUUGUUUUAUUUUUGUAAUCCAUGCUAAUUUAACAUGGUGUUUUGUAUUUUAUAUUAAAUGUUGUUCUAUUUUUGCCUUUAAUCCAUUACACAGUUUUUUUACAUACAUCUAUUGUGGAAUAUUUUGAGUGUAUUAUGUUUGUUAUUUUGCACAUGAAUUUGUCAAAUUGUGCUAGUGAGGUUUGUUAAAUGUUAAAUAAAGGUAAUAAAUGCUCAUUUUUAUCUGUUGACGACUAUCACCCAACUGGUACAACCAUGUGUUUAAAUUGAAUCCCGUUUAAACGACAAAAAUGAAUCAAUGCCCUUCAUAAUUUAGACAGAUAUUUUGCAUUGCCAAUUUCGCAACAUUCGGCUUCCUCUGGUACAUGUAUCUUCUGAUCAGAAGUUUCUAGCCAAUUGUUACUGAACGUUAAUUUGUUACAAUGAUAUAACGGCGGCGAGAAUUUUACUGACCUGGUGGGAUUCUGGUGUUAUAUAAUAUUAAUCUGAUAAUAUCGUAUUGCCUUUUUAAGCCAUAUAGUCCUGUGUUUGAUUCAGGUUUUUCCUUGUCAGUGGUAUAGGAUAAAGGGCCUGGCAAGGAACAUUGUUGGGACAAAAAUAAUGAGGUCCCCUCAUAGCAUACUUUCGAUCAUAAGGUCUGUGAUUUUGUAAAUUGGUGUUGUUUCGACUCCAAGCAUGUACAUGACAAAAAUGAGCAGAGUUGCCUGUUUGAUCUUGUGGGGGUUUUCCUCACGCUACAAAAUUAUUGAAAUACAAUUGUACCAGAAGUUACUUACUUUAAAGGUUAUAAAUUUAUCAUAAAUUUUACAUUUUUAAGUCAGUGUGACAUGGUAUACAUAUUGUUUAUUUCAUAUGUUUUGAUUAUUAAAAAAGCAGUUGUUUUACAUACA